AAGAAUACUACCGUACAUCUAUAUUUAUUCCGUACAUGGAUUCUUAUGUAACUGAACUUGAACAAAGAUUUGCCAAUCAUAAGAUUAAGUUUAAUAAUUUUCAGUCAUUGUUUGAUUCAGAAGAAAAUGAAGACAAAUUUAUUCAAUUGGACGACAACUACAAAGAUGAUCUGGAGUUCAUUAAUCAUUCGAUAUUAUCUACUGAAUACAAUUUAUGGCAAAGAAUAUUAAAAAACAUGGAAAAAAAACCCGAAAAUGCUUUACAAGCUAUGAUAGUCUGCAACAAAGAAAUGUAUCCAAGUGUCUUUAAACUUCUUCAAAUCCUAGCUACUUUACCAGUCUCUACUGCAUCGAAUGAGCGCACUUUUUCUAAUCUGAAGCGAAACAAAACAUAUUUAAGAAAUACUAUGACUGAGCUAAACGGCUUAGCUAUAAUGUCAAUCCAUAAAGAUGAAAAUUAUUUUACAAUUGAAGAAGUUUUAGCCAAACUCAGUAAAAUAAAAAGAAGGCUUGAUUUUGUUUUACAGACUCCCCCUCAGUAA